UGUUUCGCUGAAACACGGCCAUGGCUAACAUGCUCCAAAGCCUGGAAUCUCCCCUCCUGGAAGACACGGUCAAUGGCACCGUUGAUCAUCAAGGUUAUCCGUCCAAGAGAUCCAGCUCCGGUGGUUGGAGAUCUGCAAUUUUCAUCAUAGGUGUUGAAGUUGCGGAGAGGUUUGCUUACUGUGGCAUAGGAUCCAAUCUUAUAAACUAUCUUACGGGACCUCUGGGGCAGUCAACAGCCAUGGCUGCUGCUAACGUGAAUACAUGGGCCGGGACGGCGACCUUACUACCCCUUUUAGGAGCUUUUGUUGCAGAUUCUUACCUUGGUCGAUAUCGCACCAUUGUUCUUGCUUCUCUUCUCUACAUCCUGGGGCUGAGCUUGUUAACUUUAUCUGCUAUGCUUCCUUCCCUCAUCACCUUCCAAAGCCAAAACGUGGACUACUUCACAUCAUAUUCUCCUCCUCAGCUCCAGAUAGUAUUGUUCUUUUUCUCUCUAUACUUAGUAGCAGUUGGGCAAGGGGGUCAUAAGCCUUGCACACAGGCUUUUGGAGCUGAUCAGUUUGAUGGACAAAAUCUAGAGGAGUGCAAAGCCAAAAGCUCAUUCUUCAACUGGUGGCUUUUUGGUGUAUCUACUGGUACUUCAGUAACUUCUGUGGUUGUCAGCUACAUUGAAGAAAACUUCAAUUGGGGUCUUGGAUUUGGAAUUCCCUGCAUUGUCAUGGUUGCAGCCCUGCUUGUUUUCUUGCUUGGAACUAGAACUUAUCGGUUUACAAUUAAAAGAAAUGGGAAAAGCCCAUUUGUGAGAAUUGGAAAAGUAUUUGUUGAAGCAGCAAGGAAUUGGAGGACUACCCCAUCAUUGAAAGCUAUUCAAGAGAGAACUCAAGAAAACUUGCCUCACCAUGGUUCUCACAAAUUCAAAUUUCUCAACAAGGCAUUGCUUGUUCCAGCUUGUUUGAAGGGAGAUGGAAAGGCGUGUAGCAUUACUGAUGUUGAAGAAGCUAAGGCAGUACUGAGUCUGUUUCCCAUAUGGGCUACUAGCUUGGUGUAUGGUAUUGUGACUGCACAAUCAUCAACCUUCUUUACCAAACAAGGAAUUACUAUGGAUAGAUCCAUUGGGUCUGGUUUUCGCAUACCUGCUGCUUCACUUCUAUCUUUCAUCCCCAUCACAAUUAUUCUCUUCAUUCCCAUAUAUGACUGUAUUUUUGUUCGCAUUGCAAGAGCUUUAACCGGGAAACCGUCUGGCAUAACAAUGCUUCAGAGAAGCGGGAUAGGGUUUCUUCUAUGCGUCGUUUCAAUGGUAACUGCAGCAAUAGUCGAGAUGAAACGGCUCAAGACAGCUAAGGAAUAUGGCCUGGUUGAUAUGCCGAAUGUGACGGUCCCAAUGAGGGUGUGGUGGUUGAUUCCCCAGUACAUCUUGUUGGGAAUUGCUGAUGUUUUCGCAAUGGUUGGUCUUCAAGAAUUUUUCUAUGAUCAGAUUCCAAAUGAAUUAAGGAGUGUUGGUCUCUCCCUCUACCUUAGUAUUUAUGGUGUAGGGAGCUUCCUCAGUGGCUUUCUCAUAUCUAUCAUUGAGGAAACAACUGGUGGGGAUGGCAAAACUAGCUGGUUCAAUAAUAAUCUGAAUCGAGCUCAUAUUGAUCAUUUUUAUUGGCUGCUUGCUGGGCUCAGUGCAGUAGAAUUGGCUGCCUUUUUGUAUUUUGCUAAAUCUUACGUUUAUAAUGUAAGGACCUCAUGAAUAAACUUCACCCUAAUAUUUCCCUGAUUUUGGAGAACAUUUUCUUUGGUAUAACAUUAAUUGCCACUUCAAAUCCUGUAUAUGAUGCCUUGUAUAUCUGUUUUUCUACAUGUACCAAUCAAUAUAUCAUGAAAAAAACAAGGCAAUUGUUGUACGAA